AGAAGCUUCAUUGUUCGGUGUUGUGUUGCGUUCAUGUCCUCGUUGCUGCUCGGCGAGUACAACACGGACUUUAAUGUGGGGAUGGGGAGGGAUUUGUCUCAAAAUGAUUUACACACAUACAUAUCCGCCAUUUUCACGUGUUUUAUAAUGUUGUGUGUGCAUUUAUCACGCCUUAUCAUUUGUAAAUCUUCAUUUCUGCUUGGGCAUCGAGGAAGGUGCGAUAUUUUUGAGGCAAACGUAAAGCGGUUUUCAAGAUAUUGGCACGACGACGUCCCGCCUCCAUCCGCUAGGCGGCAGUGUUGAGAGCAUUUACUGCCAAGUAGAUCAUCGAGAGCUACCCGGACCGCCGCAUGAACAUGGAAAAUGAUUGAAGCACUCUUUUUCUUGUACUUACCAAUGACGGGAAUGUCGGUUUCCCGGGGAUUUCACCGUAGACUGUUGGAUUCGAUUUGCUCCUACAGUAGUCCUUUCGGGUUCGCCGGUCCUUGCCGCACCGUGCGAUUUUCGCCCCCUGGUAUUUUUAAGGCGGGUCGCCUGAAAGAAGGCGCCCGACCGAGUAUUGCCUUCCCGGCUAUCUCGCUUGUCGCCAGAUUUAUGUCUCGUCCCUGCCAGAAGUACACUAUGUACGGUGUAUUGGCCUUUUGUACUGGAAGUACUCGAUGAUCGGUUCUCAGCGUUUUCAUCUUCCGGUUGCAUUUGUAUUUGUACUCUCACUUUAGUUUGGUUUUUAGUUACUCUUCCCACGUCUACUCACUCACCAGUGAACAAAAGUGAGACAGAAAUGAACGAUUUAUUUCUGACUUGAGAGAGGUUAACCUAUUUUUUGAACCCACUUUGUUCUUAUUUGCGCUAAUAAUGAAACUUUUGAGUGUAUUUUAACAGUGCCGCAUAGUACAGUGAUCCAUUUCCAACACCGCUUAUCCUGGUCGGGGUCGCGGGACGCCGGAGCCUAGCCCAGCUGACUUCGGACGAAAGGCGGACGACACCCUGAACUGGUCGCCAGUCAGUCGCAGGGCACAUGUAGACACAGACGACCCUUCGCACCGUCACUGAGUGAGAACUGAACCCACGCUGCCCGCACCGAAGUCAGGCGAGUGGACCACGACACCAUCAGUGACUAGUAUAGUGAUCCGCCUCACAAUUGUGAAGUCCGGCUUCCUCCCACAUUCCAAAAACAUCCAUGUUAGGUUCAUUGAAAACUCUAAAUGGCCCAUGAGUGUGAAUAGUUGUUUGUGUUUAUGUGCCCGGUGAUCGGAUCGACCGGCGACCAGUGCAGUGGCGGUACUCCGCCUUCUGCUCAAAAUCAGCUGGGAUAAGAUCCAGUCACUUGUCCCUGUUAAUAAGGACAGGUGUCAUGGAAAAUCGAUGGAGGAGUGGGAAAACACACUCAAAAUCAGCUACAAAGUCAGGAGAGUUGUAGUGAAUGAAGGUUUUUCAUUUUAUUGAAUUGAUAACAGACGGGACGGUGGGCGAUCGGUUGGCACAUCUGCAUCGCAGUUCUGAGGUCCCGGGUUCAAAUCCCGGCCUCGGAGUUUGCAUGUUCUCCCCGUGCCUGCGUGGCCUCUCUCCGGCCACUCCGCUUUCCUCCCACGUCCCCAAAACAUAAACAUGCGCGCUUGCUUCAUUGAAGACUCUAAAUCGCCCGCAGGUGUGAAUGUGAUUGCGAAUGGUUGUUUGUUUCUAUGUGCCCUGCGAUUGGCCGGCUGGGAUGGGCUCCGGCAUGCCCGCGACCCUAGCGAGGAUAAGCGCUACGGAAAAUGGAUGAAUUGAUGAUAACUGAUGUCAGCCAGUAGAAUGUUGACAUCCGUCAAAGCUGACCAAUCCACAACACGUGCAGCUAUCUCGAUUGAAUUAUUUGAUUUGUUUGUCUGUUCGUUAUAUUAAAUCUAGUUCCACCGAACCUUCUGUUCUUGUCAGGCAUAGAAUAAGAAGGAUGUGUAAAAAAAAAAAAAAAAAAAAGAAGCUGUGUUAUCGGAAGUGGCAUAAGACUCUCUCACUCCAUGUACCCGCAAGCCAGCCAGCAAGUUUUUUGUUUGUUUUUGUUUUUACUGAUCUUUGUCAAAGCUUUCAAAUCCCGUUUUCAGACUGAUUUAAAAUGAUUCCUGGUUGUCAGCACUCUAGCAGUCAUCCGGUUUGAUUUGCCACGAGUGAUCACUCUCUGCUCAGACGUCACAAUAUUGUACAGCAAAGUUGGCUUUCAAGGUAUAAUUGAAACCAUGAUGUCCAAAGAUGCACAGUUUAAACACUAAUGUAUAAUAAUACUAGUUCAUGCUUCAAUAAAAAUGUUUUGUACAUAAAAGUAAAAAACAAAAACAAAAGUACAGUACUGGAUUAAAAAUAGGUUUAAACAGGAUAUAUUCAUAGCUAAAAGCUUCAUUGUAAUAUGUCUGAAUGCUUGACAUGUUGUAAAUGUGAUUUGUAUUGAAUUGAGUGAUUCUUUCGCGUAGCACUCGAGGUCCAAAAUUGAAUGGAAUGGAAUUGAAUCGAAUUGGUCCAGGUUGUGGCUCUCCUUUCGUCCAAAGUCAGCUCAGCCACGGCACAAAUGAGGACCGUAACAUACUGUACAGUAUGUGGAUACGGGCUGUUCCGUCCCUGGAGGACCGCUGUCAGAGUUUUGUCCGCAUGGCGUUAGGCUUGUGCCGUAAUGACAUUCUCAAAAGUGUGUUUUGUGUGCAAAAGUUUUUACUUUGUGUAAAAGUUAUAUUUUUCCAGUUUUUCACCACCCUCUUGCUCAAAACGUUGCGCCUCUCUGUCGCUCUCAACCAUGCAUUGCCCUACGCGCACACUACGCUGCCCUUUUAUGCUUGCCAUACCUGACAGUGUUACAAAUGUGCCACAACUGUCAACCAAUCAGGGAUCGGACAGGAGUGCAAAUUGGGAUCGGCUGCUUACUGUAUAGCCGCAUUUUACAGCAACGACGUCCCAGAAGCCUUAAGAAGCUGAUAGAACUUUUGGGAUUGAAUUUAUUAACACAGGCUUUGCCCUUGUUACAGUUAUAUUUCAUUUAGUUUGCUUUAACGUUAGUGUGCCUCGAGGCACACUAACGUUAAAGUUGAUUUUUAUAUUAUUUUUUAAUGCAAAUUUCUCCACGGAGACAUUCAAAUAUAUACAAUGAAAUGGAAAAAAAAAAACAAAUUGUGCGCGCUUAGCGCAAGGCAUGGUUGAGAGCGAGAGAGAGGCGAGGCGCAAAUUUGGCAAAAAAAAAAAACAUUUUGCACGAGCGUGUGGAGAAAAACUAGAAAAAUCGAACUUUUACACAAAAUAUAAUCGUGAGUUCUUACAAAAAACAUAUUUUACCUGCACGCCCUGCGAGCGGAGGGUCAUCGGUUCGUAUCCCCGCCGGCGCACGUGUCGUCGUUGUGUCCCUGGGCAGGACACUUAACCCACACCGCGUACCAAUGGAUGUUUAGUGGCGGUCGGAGGGGCCAUAGGCGCAGAAUGGCAGCCGCUUCCGUCGGAAUGUCCAAGAGCAGCUGUGGCUACCAAAGUAGCUUACCACCACUCGGGGAGUGACUGCGAAGUGAAUGAAUAAUGCGUGCAAUGCAAUUGUAAAGUGUCUUUGGGUAUCAGGAAAAGUGCUCUUUUAAGUUGACUGCAUUAUUGUUAUUCUUAAGUGGGUCCAAAUUCGAAUGCUGCCCAUCAGAAUUCAUCAAUGUCCAUUUCUUUUCUCUUGUCACUCAUUCGACUUUCAUAGUGUGAGCCUGGAUGUUCACGGUGCCAGAAUGACGUGGAGGUUUGGCAACCGCCUGUGUCUCAUUGUAUUCCUGAGUUUGAUGGAACCAUCAAGAGAGAACUGUAAAGACUAUUUUACAGAGGAGGAAUGGGAAAAAACAAGUCCACUUCAAAUGGUCUCCCUCGUCAUCACGGAGAACAUCACAAAUGUGGCGGAGUGUACUUUAGAAAGCUACUGUUUUUCACAAAAAAUAAUGUGCGACGUGCUGAAUGACUGCUUUCCUAAACAUGAGACAUCCCGUAAAAAGUGUCAACCUGUGUGGAAUGUCACUGUUCAUACUCAUCACUUAAAGUGCCUGCUCGCCAAAAUGGUGGAUUUCCAUAAAACUGUAAAUGCAGCAACCGCGCUGCCUCCGACAACAGCACCGCAGACAAUGGCGACGUCACCGGUUUGGUCAUCUCAGAGCGCGCCACUGGCGACAUCACGUGCGGUGUCACCGAUAUUUACACGUUUGGGAAGAAAUGGACAACAUGCCAAGAAGUCUGAAGCCUGUCAAAGCAACCGCACUAUUAUCCUGACGGUUCUAUUGGUGAUUUCGUCAACCCUUGCCAUCGUUUUGCCAUUGGCUGUUUACUUUUACAUGCGCCGCCGGAAGACGCAAGACAAGAUGUGGCAGUAUGGCGAACCGUCUGCAAAUUCCGAAGUACCGAUGGAGCACAUUGGAGUCUCUGUAUCAUAAGCUACGCAUUAGAGCAGAGGCGACAGCUUGGCAAGCAUAAAGAGCCAGAGAACCAAUGGAUGCCCGCACUAACACAGAGCGAGCUACUUACAGCUUCACAUGAGAAGGUCAAAACUGCAAUACAGUUCGACGCUGCAAAUAAUAAUGAAGAUGUCCAAUUCAUAUUACUCUGGCUGGCAGUGUCAAUACAAACGAAUAUCUUCAUACAUGUGUGUCAGAAAACGCUUCAGGAGGAGCGCAAAAUGGGAGGAAUAGUCACGUGGCUGUUCCGAAAAUGUCCAUCCAAAUAACUGCUAUGAUAUGCUACUGUAUAUGUAUAGCCAUAUACUGUAUGUGUAUAUGAUGUGGACAUUCUAUUUAUUGCUGGCGUCUGGCGGAAACCUCGCAUCAUCACUUCAGGAAACCCCAAAAACGUCGAGCCUUUAAUAUUGUAUCGUCAAAGAGAGCGAGUCAUUUUCAGCACUUUAGAUCGCUCAAUAAUAUGUUAACGUAACAUACUAAGAGUAUUGAUUUGUGAAAACAUAUGCAAUUUGGACGUGGGAGGUUUCAGCCAAUGCCAACGUUAUGUAACUAUACAUUGCAGGUUUUACAACCAAUAAAACAAACUGACAUGAAAUAGGA